CGAAGUGCUGCUGUCAAAAUGUUUCCACUCUUCUUCGUGUUGUUUAUUUUCUUUGGGAAGUCUUCGGGAGUUAUCUAUAGUUUAAACGUGAGCGAAUACAACAAAAUGCCGGCUCUGUACGGGCUGGACAACUACGAGGCGUGUGUAGCGGAGCCAGGGUGGACCUACUGUAUGGUAGACGUUAAUUUACACAAAGGAAACAAUGCUGCACUGAUGAAGAUGAUACAGGAAUAUUCUGACCACAGUUUGAAACACUUCAAUCAUACGCAAAUACACAGAGGAGUGUGUGUCACACAUACUUGUAGAGAUUUUACAAAAGUUCCUCAAGUUAAUAAAACAUUGGGCCUAAGUCAAGUCCUUGAGGCAUGCCUCAAUAAUUCCUUAUAUUCUCAGUAUGGACUUGAAGGUAGACUAGCUAAUAUACUCUAUUGUAAGGAGGAAGGUGAUAAAGUGAUAAUAGAUAAUAGUGAUAUUGCCAUGGCUGUGGUUUAUGUAGUUUUAAUUUUGCUCAACGUUAUCGGAAGCUUGUACGAUGUCUGUGCGUGCAGUAACGACGAUAAAACAGGGAAUCCAUAUAUUUUGGCGUUUUCAAUACGUAGGAAUUGGCGGAAACUGACAGCACCAAGCAAUUCUGCGCGAGAACCUCGACUGGACAGACUGAAAAUGUUUAAUGGUCUGAGGACCAUGACAAUGAUUUGUGUGCUUUUCUCGCAUACGACGCUUAUUAUGUCGUAUUCAUACAUAAAUAAUCCACUUUACAUUGAGACGUCCUACGAGGAUCCUUUGAAACAGAUCUUAUUCAACGGUAGCUUGGUGACUCACACCUUCUUCGUGAUGUCCAGCUUCCUCCUCGCCUACAACCUCCAGCUCUACACAGAAAAACACAAACCCAGUUGGAUACAAUUGCCGAAAGGAAUCCUUUUGAGAUGGUUACGCUUGACUCCCACGUACGCUCUGAUAAUGUUCACGAUAUCGACGUGGAUGCGACAUGCCUACCAAGGUCCUUUGUGGGGCCUGGUGGUGUCGAGCGAGGCGGAUGCGUGUCGCCAGUACUGGUGGGCACAGCUGCUGUACAUCAAUAAUUACGUUUACGACGAUGCUUUUUGUUUGCCUCAGACAUGGUACCUAGCAGCAGACACACAACUAUUCUGCCUAGGCUUGCUCCUGUGUGUGGUAGCUCGCAAGUGUAAAACGCGAGCCAUUCUGCUGUCCGUGUGGUUCGUGAUAGCUUUAGCGAUAGUGGCUGGUUCCACAUACUUCCUGGACUUGGAUCCUGUAGUCAUGCAGGCACCAGAAUCAUACCGCAACUUAUACGCGAAGGAUGACACAUUCCGUCUAUUGUACGUCCGCGGUCACACAAACAUGUCUACCUACAUCCUGGGCCUGGCGGGAGGGUUCCUCGCCUACCAUUGGCAGAACGGGAAGGACUUGGAAAAGUAUAAGAAAUACCGUUUCCUUGUGUGGCUGCUCUUCCCGCUGGGUCUGGCAGUGAUCCUCUCUGGAGGUCUGUUCUACUCUGACGGCGGCGAGACCCCGGUCCUCCUCAGAGUGAUGUACGCCACCCUCUACAAGCCUUUGUUCCAGUUACUAAUAGUACUGCUAAUACUUGCCUGCAUCUUCAAAUUUGAAUCAACGUACCGUGGUAUCUUGGAGUGGCGUGGCUGGACGUGGACGGGUCGCAUCACGUACUGCGCCUUCCUCUUGCACACGUUGUUCCAAAGAGGGUACAUCGGCGCACAACUACAACUCGUACACAUGUCCGACUAUAGCGUGAUGAUAUUUUUAGCGGCUAGUAUCUUCCUGACGUACAUGUGUGCGUGUGGCCUCUGGUUGUGUGUGGAGGCUCCUAUAGCCGGUAUCAUUAAGGCCGCACUAGCGCCAUCUCGGGACAACGACACGGAAAAAAAGGACACCACUCAAGUGUAAAUAAAA